AUGACACAUGAUGAGAGAAUCGAUUAUAGGCCUGGAAGAAAACAAGAGGAGGAAGUGGUUCAUCAAGCGCUAAAUUCGAGUGGUGCGCGGAGGGGAAUAUCAGUUCGAUAGGCCUGAUUUGAUUCUGUCAAUGACAGAAAAUAAUGAUCAUAAUAAUAAAUAGAAAUUUAUAUAAUAAAUUUUUUGUUUUCUUUAUGUAUUUUCUUUAUUGCAGGGAAAAAAGAAAAAGACUAGUAGUAAUGAAAAUCAACAAUGGGAACAGUGGAAACAAAAAGACACAAUGGUAAUGUAUAAAUUAUUUGUAAUAUAUUUUAUUUGUUUGUUGUUAGCUCAAUGAAAUUUUUUAAAAAUGAGUUUUUAUCUGAAUACUGAUACAAUGACAACCAAUGAAUUGUGUAAUAAGGACAGGCACAGGCUUCACUAAUAUGUGUGAAAAUCAUAGUUUAGUUUUAGAUAUAAAUUGUUAAAGCUAAGGUUUUGUUUCAGUAGAGAAAUAUUUAUAACUGUUGUGUGUUAUCACGUCCAAUUGUGAUUUCCUUAAGGCUGUCGAGGAAACGUUUGAGCAAGAAUUACAUCAAGCCAUCUUGCUGUCAAAGUUGGCUUAUGAAGAGCAGCUAGUAAGUGCAGCCAGGUCAGAAAAAGAGCAAGAGUCAAAUAAGAAAUCAGGGAAAAAGUCAAAAAAGGCUACUAUGUCAUUGGAGCAAUUCAACAAUAUGGGAUCAGAUACUACUGCUACUACUACUACUACUACUGCUACUACUACUACUACUACUACUACUACAACUACCACUACUACUACUCAAAAUACAGUAUCACUACCAGAAAAUAGUGAUACUAAAUCAAAAGAAUUAGAUACAGAAUUUUUUGAAAGAGUUGAGAAGGAAACAAAAGAAGAAAUCACAAAGGAAAAAGAAAAAGACAUGUUGAAAGCAAGAUUAAAUAAAAUCGAUGAUGAUAUUACAUCUGCUCAGUUAAGGGUAGAAGUGGAGAAACGAGAUGAAAUUAUUAAUAAAUUAAAAAGUCAAGUAGAAAAUUUAAAAGAAGAAUUAACACAAGUUAAAGAAAGAAAUAAAAAGCUUUAUCAAAUACUAUCUCACGGAGAAAUGAAAGAUAAGGCGUCAGUUUUAGCCGAAGUAGCAAAGUUGCAAGAAAUAAGAGAUGAGUUGACAUCCGAAGUAGCGUCUUUACAUGCACAAUUAGAACAAGAGAGGUCCAAAACACGUACUUCUAGUACAGAUACUAAACCAUCUAAACAAACUAAUAAGAAGAGGCCCGCUAGUGAAAAUGCCUAAACUACAGAGUAUUUUUGUUGAAUAUAAAAUACUAAACCAUUGUGAUCUAUAAAGCUUAUUUUAUUGCUAAUGACUAACCAGCUAACAGUCUCAAGACUGAUACGUAAUCAUUAAAACUUAAGAUCUCAUGAAAAUGUAUCACGUAUUUGACUUUGAAGCACAUAAAGCAAUCUUUUAAGUAAAUAUUUUUCGAAUAUAUAGAAGUUCGCUCGAUGAAAAUGUGGUCAUAUUUUUCUAAACUGCAUACAUUCGUUUAUAAUUCAAGUUUCAUUUUUUCGUAAUACGAAAACACUUUUCUUCUCAUAUAGAUUUUCUUACAUAGUAGUUAAACAUAAUUUUACAGUCAAGUUUAAACGGGAAACUAGUGUAACACUAUUUCCUAUAUUCAAACUUGACAAUAUAAACAAAUAUUAUCUUCCAAAUUUUGUGCAAACGUACGUCAGUAAUAUCUGAAGUAUUUUGUAAUAAAUAUGUAUAUUCUACAGCAUUCUUGUUGAUAUUAAUAAUUUCCUUAACAUUUUGUUAAAACUAUCAGUGGAAUUAAGAUAUUUUCAUAUUAUACAAUUUAGAACUGAUAUUUUAUUCAGUGGACAAAAGAUUUAGAAAGAAUAAUCGAUUCUUCUAUGAGACUGAAGCAGAAUUAUACAUAAAAGAAAAAUUUCAGGUCCUAAAUGUAAGCCAUAUUUAUAUACAAACUAUCAUAAAUGUAUCGAAAUAAAUAAUGAAAAUAUAUUUUUUUCACAAAAUUAAUUCGACAUUUAAAAUUUAUUUAAUAGACUAAUGAAUAUUUAUUUUUUAACAUAAUAAUUCACACGUAUUUUAAUUUACACUAAGAUCAUUAUAUAUAAUCAUUAUAUAUAUUAGAUCCUAUUGAAAAUAAUUUUUUAGCAUAUUAGUAGAUUCAAAUUUCCAAAUUUACAAGACCAUUUUUU